GACUGUCGUGAACUAGUGUUUGAAGUUAGUACUGCUGCUCUUCCAGCGCUGAAGGCUGUUUUGGAAAGGCGACAGCGCCCCGGGUUUUGCCGGUGACUGGCUUUUUUGUAAACCAGUCGGUCAAGUUUCUGGUCGUUCCCCCCGCCCUCACCGUGCGCGGGUACGGUGGCCGAGGAGGCUCGUGUACGGCGGAAGUACCGGGAGAGUGGGUGUGCGCAGCCGCGCCGGACGUGCACGUGGCGCCGGUAGAGUUAAGCAUGUCUUUUCGAGGCGGAGGUCGGGGGGGCUUUAAUCGAGGUGGCGGCUUCAGUCGCGGCGGCAGCAACAACCACUUCCGAGGUGGAGGCGGUAAUUUCAGAGGCGGCGGUGGCGGCAGAGGAGGAUUUGGACGAGGAGGUGGCCGCGGAGGCUUUAACAAAGGCCAGGACCAAGGACCGCCGGAUCAUGUAGUUUUAUUGGGAGAGUUCCUGCAUCCCUGUGAAGAUGACAUAGUUUGCAAAUGUACUACAGAUGAAAAUAAGGUGCCUUAUUUCAAUGCUCCAGUUUAUUUAGAGAACAAAGAACAAAUUGGUAAAGUGGAUGAAAUAUUUGGACAACUUAGAGAUUUUUAUUUUUCUGUUAAAUUGUCUGAAAAUAUGAAGGCAUCUUCCUUUAAAAAACUGCAGAAGUUUUAUAUAGACCCAUAUAAACUGUUACCACUGCAGAGGUUUUUACCUCGACCUCCAGGUGAGAAGGGACCUCCAAGAGGUGGUGGCAGGGGAGGUCGAGGAGGAGGAAGAGGAGGUGGAGGUGGCCGAGGUGGUAGAGGUGGUGGUUUUAGAGGUGGAAGAGGAGGUGGAGGUGGAGGCUUCAGAGGAGGAAGGGGUGGUGGUGGUUUCAGAGGGAGAGGACAUUAAGUGUAACAGUUGACAAACUUCCUGCAUGAUCUACUUCUAUGGAUAAGAAACUUGUUUCUUGAGCAAGUCUUGAAGAACUGGUCAUUUUCUGGCAGUGGGACUAAAAUGUCAACGCCAUGCAAAAAUGAGUGCAACAGAGUAGGCAAUUUUGCUCUAAAAGAGUAUGAACAAAUGUUUUAAUGUUUUGUACAAUGCUUGGAACUUUGUGGGUGCUUAAUAAAUGGGCAGUUUUCAUUUGAAGCAUACUUGGAAUUUUUAAAAUAAAAUGUUUUAUUUCUUUAA